CCGUAAAAUCGCUUUCGGAACGACUAUCACAAGUCGAAUUUAUGAAAAGUUUGUCUGAUCAAGCUACUGAUCAAAAUUAUUGCACGCCUUCAGGUAUCAUAAGUGAUGCUUGUUGCAAAUAUGAGACGGUCGAGAAAAUGAACGAUGAUUUAUCUCCACGAUUACGCGAAUUGAUUAAAACGGACUUUUUCAAAUAUUAUAAGCUAAAACUAUAUAAAGAAUGUCCAUUUUGGUCAGAGUAUGGACAAUGUAUAAAUCAAGCAUGCGCAGUUGAAACAACGGACGAAACUGAUGUACCCGAAAUGUGGCGUAGUAAUGUUCUCGGCGCAUUACAAACUUCACAAGCUGGCACUCUUUUCCAACCAUUUAUAAAAUGUGAAUACACUGAUCAAGAUUUUUGUGUCGUUGAAGACGAAACGGAUUCUGAAGGCGUGUUUGUUAACCUUCUUGAUAAUCCCGAACGUUUUACCGGUUACGCUGGAACGUCAGCUGGUCGCGUUUGGAAAUCUAUAUAUGAGGAAAAUUGUUUUAAUGUUGUUUCUAGUAUGGAUCCUGCAAAUAAUAAUCUUGCUUCAGUUCCGACUAGUAAAAAUCAUUUACCUGAGGAUAUGGCACAAAAAAUUGACACGACUGAUAUUGAAGAAGUUUGUUUCGAAAAACGAGUUUAUUAUCGUUUGAUAUCCGGUUUGCAUUCUUCAAUUUCUAUCCAUAUUUGUGAUGAAUAUUUAAAUCAAACCACUGGUCAAUGGGGACCAAAUCUCGAAUGUUUCAUCAAUCGCAUUGGCUCACAUCCGGAACGUCUUCAAAAUAUAUAUUUUAGUUAUGUGGUACUUCUGAGAGCCAUAUCAAAAGCCGCAGAUUAUCUAAAUGGUUAUGAGUUCUGUACUGGAGACAAAAUUCAAGAUUUACAAGUAAAAGCAAUGGUUGGUGAACUUGUAAAUAAAACAAGAUCAUGUCCAGAGACAUUUGAUGAAAAACAAAUGUUUGCUUCUCCCGAGUCACGGUCAUUAAAAGAGGAAUUCAAAAAUAGAUUUAGGAAUGUGUCGCGUAUAAUGGAUUGUGUUGGAUGUGAUAAAUGUCGAUUAUGGGGUAAAUUACAAAUUUCCGGACUUGGAACCGCUUUAAAAGUUCUAUUUUCUUAUGAAGACGAAUUUUUCAAUCAACCCCAACUUACUGACACGUACAGAAAUUGUCGCGCUUUUCAAUACUUUUCAUCGGUUUUCAGAAAGUUUGACGUCUAUCGAACGAUUCAGACAAAUGUAUCAAGAAAAGAUCAACGAAGCAGCUAA